GCGCAAAGCUCAGCAGCGAUAUCUGUGCGUGCGCUUUUCUUCCGGCCUAACGGGAGCGCGCCCGAUUUCCUGCCGGGAACUGAGUCUGUCAGCGGGACGCACCGAGGAAGAUGCGGAUGCAGAGAGAGUGCAGAAUGGGCCCCUGUCAGUGAUAGAACCUACAGAACCGCUGAUCCAGGAGCCGAGAUCCAGUGAUGAUCUGAAAGUCCCGGCAGCUUGUCGAUGGUCGUGUCCCGCCCAGCAUGGCCUAUAUAUCCAGCAGCAAUGGCUUCAGACAGUCCGUAUCCUCAUCCGCGGGGGCGACGAGACCUAAAGAGGUCGACAAAGAGGAGGCGCUGCAAAUGGAAGCGGAGGCCUUAGCAAAGCUGCGCAAAGACCGGAGGCAAGGUAGAGGCCAGGGGGGCGCCUUCAUGCAGGGCCGGCAAAAGCCCCCGGCUUCGGGCAGACAGGAGCCCGACCUCAUGGUGUUCCCGGAGUCCGACGCUAAGAAGAAGAACAACGCGGAGACUUUCCUGGGGAUCGACGUGGAGAAACUGACAGACGCGGAGAUGGAGAGGCUGCUGUUGGAUGAUCACUUUGAUCAAAGGAAGCCUCUAGCCAUAUCCCAGGCGCCAGUAGCCAACCCACGGGCCUCCCCACAGUUUUAUGGCCAGCCUUCCUUCCAGAGGAGCCAGUGGGCCCCCGGAAUCCAGGGAACUGGAACUGUGAACUUAUUGCCAAGCUUCUCUGCAUCGUACCCCAAAUGCGCUCAUCCUUUCCAGAAUGGGUACAACGCCAGCGUCCCGGCCAUUCGGCGCCACGAUCCGGUCUAUCUCAGCCUCCCAACUGGCUCGCAGUACGUAUCCUAUCAGAUGGCGGCAAGGGCCCCCUUUCAGCCCCGAGGGAACCUGUCCAGCUACUCCAAUACAGUCUCUCCGGACAUGGCCAAGCUGUUUGAUAAAAUCGCCAGCACUUCCGAGUUCGUAAAGAACGGGAGGUCGAGCGCGGAGGCCGACGCGGCCAAAUCCGAGAGCACCUCCCCUACGGUGCAGGGGGCAGACGACGCAGACAGCAUCAAUAAAUUUGAUUGGCUGGAUCUUGAUCCUCUCAGCAAACCCAAGGUGGAUAGCACAGACUCCUCCAAUCAUGCGCAGGGGAUUGGGGCGUCUCCUAGUGAUUCCAAAGUCAAGGAUCCCUGGGAUGCGGUUCUGCUGGAGGAAAAACCCAUAAAAUAUAGUAGCCCCGAAAAGAAACUUAACGGCAAACCUUCUGGAGCCACUGUUACUAGAAGCCUUUCCCUUAACAUCCGACCUACCCAUUUACAGCAGAAGUGGGACCAACCGCAGAAAGACAGUGGGACCAGGGUUCCGGCAGAGAACUCGCUGCUGAAGGAAUUAGAAGCAGACGACGAAGAAGUUGCUGCUUUUUGCCAAGAAGUUGCAAAGCUCAGGAAGAAGUUCCCCAGUAGCCGUUUGCAGACCAACCCCGGCUUUGUCCUGAGCCCCGUGAUGCUGCAGCGGAACCUGAGCGCGGAGAUCGCCAACGUUAAGGUCUCCAUAGAAAUCGAAGGAUUUCAGCAACCUGUAACUUUUACAUGUGAUGUAAGUUCUCCGGUGGAGCUGAUAAUAAUGCAGGCGCUGUGCUGGGUCCAUGAUGACCUGAGCCAAGUGGACAUUGAGAGUUACAUCCUGAAAGUGUGCGGGCAAGAGGAGGUUUUGCAGAACAAGCACUGCCUGGGGAGCCAUGAGUAUAUCCAGCUGUGCCGCAAGUGGGACACGGAAAUCCGCCUGCAGCUGCUGUGCCACGGCACCGUGAGCCGAGACCUGGCCCGAACGGCUGAAGAUGACGCUUCUCCAGUUGACCUUAACAAACAUCUGGCUGUGGUCGAUAGGCCUUUCAAAGAGCCAAUUACAAGGCAGAGCAUCGAGGAGCUGCUGGACACGUACCACGAGCAAGUCAGUGUGUGCCUUAAGCACGAGAGCAAUCCGUACCGCCUGGUGGAGCAGCUGAUCAAAGUGGUGCGGAGCAUCUGCAAGACGGUGGGGAGCGUGGAAACUCCGGCCAUUACCGAGUCGGUGAAGAAGCUGCGCAGAGCUGUCAAUCUUCCCCGCAGCCGCAGCAUAGAGGCUUCACCCACGAAUUUGUCCGACCAUCGUUCCCCAGAUAGUGCCAGGCAGAGUGACAGCCCCUUACAGGAAACAUUAGCCCUGCUGACUACAGACCUCCAUAACCUGCUCCAGCUUCACUUCAGCUCUGGAAACAGCGCAGCCACUGCCCCCCCAGGUGGCCGGCCCCUUAAGGAAGCUCGAACCUCCCCUGACCAUCUCCAGUUCACCAUAUUCGCUGCCCAUGGAAUCCCCACUGGUUGGGUGUCCUGCUUUGAAAAAUACUACCUGGUCUGUUCACUAAUUCACAACGGAAAGGACAAAUUUAAGCCAGUUCAGUCCAAAAAAGUGGGAACAUACAAAAGCUUCUUUUACCUGGUGAAGUGGGAUGAGCUGAUCAUAUUCCCCAUCCAGAUUUCACAGCUGCCUUUGGAGUCUAUUCUCCAGCUCACGCUUUAUGGGAUAUUAAAUCCUAACAGCGGGGGGUCGCCAGAUGCCAACAAGCAGAGGAAGGGGCCCGAGAUGCUCGGCCGGGUCUCCUUACCCCUCUUCACGUUCAGACGGAUGCUGAUAGGUGGGACCAAGCUUUUACACCUCUGGACAUCAUUCCAUACAGGCCCCGCCCCUGCUGGCACCACUAGAAAGACCAAUCAAAUGCAGAGAAUUGUUUUACAGGUUGACUUCCCCUUACCUGCCUUCGACAUUGUGUACAUCCCACCCCAUCCGACCAAGAGCUGUGCUUGGCAGAGCAUCGAGUCACUGGAUAAAGACGCCAAGAGCCGGCUCCUCUCUCUCCUCGCUAAAGAGUCAGCAUUUGGGUUAUCUAAGGAGGAGAAAGCAUUUUUAUGGGAGAAGCGUUACUAUUGCCUCGAGCACCGGAACAGCCUUCCAAAAAUCUUGGCUAGUGCUCCAAAUUGGGACGUAGCCUAUUUGAGCGAUAUCUACGCCCUGAUCCACGAAUGGCCACCAAUGACUGCAGUGAGUGCCCUGGAGCUGCUGGAUUCCAGGUUCUCUGACCAGGAAGUUCGCACAGUGGCGGUAAAAUGGGUGGAAGAGGGUUUAAGCGACGACGAGUUGGUGGAUUUCCUGCCGCAGUUUGUACAGGCUUUAAAAUAUGAACUUUAUCUGGAUAAUUCCUUAGUGAGAUUCCUGUUAACUCGAGCUCUGGGGAACAUUCGGAUCACCCAUUACUUGUACUGGCUACUGAAAGACUCGUUGAAUGAUCCCUAUUUCGGCACUAGAUACGAGCGCAUCCUCGGAGCCCUCCUGUCAGUGUGCGGGAAGGGCCUGAGAGAGGAGCUGGAGAAGCAGACCCGACUCACACAACUUCUGGGUGUUGUGGCAGAAAAAGUACGGCAAGCCAGUGGCUCAGCCCGACAGGUUGUUCUUCAGGAAGGAAUGGAGCGAGUCCAACUCCUGUUCAGGAAAACCAAGUGUCGCCUGCCUCUGAGCCCUAGCCUGGUAGCCAAAGAACUGAACAUUAAGGCCUGUUCCUUCUUCAGCUCUAAUGCCGUUCCUCUCAAAGUGACAAUGGUCAAUGCAGAUCCUUUAGGGGAGGAGAUUAACUCCAUGUUCAAGGUGGGAGAAGACCUGCGGCAGGACAUGUUAGCUCUGCAGAUGAUUAAGAUUAUGGACAAGCUGUGGCUACAGGAAGGCCUGGACCUGCGAAUGGUCCUGUUUAAGUGCUUGUCCACUGGCAGAGACAGAGGUAUGGUGGAGCUGGUUCUCUCCGCCGAUACCCUGAGAAAGAUCCAGGUGGAGUACGGGGUGACCGGCUCCUUCAAGGAUAAACCUCUGGCGGAAUGGCUUAGGAAGUACAACCCAUCUGAAGAAGACUAUGCAAAGGCCUCUGAGAAUUUCAUUUACUCCUGCGCCGGAUGCUGUGUGGCUACCUACGUGCUUGGGAUCUGUGACCGACAUAAUGACAACAUAAUGCUGAGGACCACGGGCCACAUGUUUCAUAUUGACUUUGGCAAGUUUCUAGGACACGCUCAGAUGUUUGGCAGCUUUAAAAGGGACCGUGCCCCGUUCGUGCUGACGUCAGACAUGGCCUAUGUUAUUAAUGGGGGGGAGAAACCCACCCGGCGCUUCCAGCUGUUUGUGGAUCUGUGCUGCCAAGCCUACAACCUGCUCCGGAAACACACAAGCCUUUUCCUAAACCUUUUGUCCCUGAUGCUGCCCUCGGGAUUGCCGGAGCUGACUGGGAUUCAGGAUCUGAAAUAUGUGCACGACGCCCUCCAGCCGCAAGCGACCGACACGGAAGCCACCAUCUUCUUCACCAGGCUAAUAGAGUCGAGUCUGGGGAGCGUCGCCACCAAGUUUAACUUCUUUAUCCACAACCUGGCUCAGCGCUUUGCCGGCCUGCCUUCCAACGACGAGGCCAUUCUGUCCUUCACCCCGAAAACGUACAGCCUCAAACAAGAUGGCCGCAUCAAGGAAGCCACGAUCUUUACGUAUCACAAGCGAUACAACCCUGAUAAGUACUAUAUCUACGUGGUGCGAGUGGUGAGAGAGGGGCAGGAUAACUCGGCCUUCAUUUUCCGCACGUUUGAUGAGUUCCAGGAGUUGCACAACAAACUCAGCAUCCUCUUCCCUCUCUGGAAACUCCCAGGAUUCCCAAGCAAAGUGGUUCUGGGCAGGACCCACAUAAAGGAAGUGGCAGCCAAAAGGAAAGUGGAGUUGAACAGUUACAUUCAGAGCCUGAUGGGAAGCACCCCGGAAGUUGCAGAGUGCGACCUGAUUUAUACGUUUUUCCACCCGCUGUUGCGAGACGAUAAAUCGGAGGGAAGUGAUGCAAUCGUCGCGCCGCUCGAUGAACCUCCCCUGAGCCCAACGUCAGGAAGGAUUGAAGGGGAAAUAAAGCUUUCAGUUUCCUACAGAAACGGCACCUUGUUUAUCAUGGUGAUGCACAUAAAGAACUUGGUCAUAGAGGACAACACUGACCCAAAUCCGUAUGUGAAAACGUACCUUCUGCCCGACCCACACAAAACAUCAAAGCGCAAAACCAAGGUCUCCCGGAAAACUUGCAACCCGACCUUUAAUGAAAUGCUGGUGUAUUCGGGGUACAACAAGGAGACCCUGAGGCAACGGGAGCUGCAGCUGAGUGUCCUGAGUGCGGAGUCUUUACGCGAGAACUUUUUCCUCGGGGGAGUAACUUUGCCUUUGAAGGAUUUUAACUUGAACCAGGAGACUGUUAAAUGGUACAAACUUACCGAAGUGCCCUACUUAUGAGAUUUCGCGCCCCCCCCCCCCCCCGCCCUUGUAAGCGAGAACUUUUUUGGACCAACGCCUGUGAAAUCGACAGCUGUUCUUGUGCAUCGCACGCUCUAGAUUUUACCCCUAUUAGAAGGCUAUUUUUGUAUCGUUCCUGGAGAAUUUGUUAUGGAAUUUCGCAAACGCCUAGGGGGGGGCGUUCCUUCCUAGAGACGUCCUCCAUCUCCUGUUGGCUACAGGAACUACUGGAUGAGGAUGUUAUUCCAGUGCUUUUCUAGGAACCACCUCAUUUGCUCGGGCAAGCCACUUUCCCCCCCCACCUUGUGUCCCACUAAUCUGCUGCACAAUGGUAACCACUAUUCCGUUCUAUGAGGGCAUCUGCUGUUCCACAACUGGAAGCCUCCACAUUUCUACCCAGAAUCCCUGGUAUCUGACUUAGCAUUGUGCUGCCCUAUACACCCGCCCUAUCUCCCCGCUGUGGCAUCUCUCUCACUGACCAUUCCACACCGAAAUGGAUGCCUUUGCGCCAUGUAAAGCCAACGCAACCCCCACCACCCACUGGUGCUACUCUCCUUGCACUUUCCAAAAGCACAAUUGUGUCCUGCUCAGUCCUAUCAGGUUACCCCGCACCUCGUACACCUUACUGUGCCCAAGUCAUGAGAACCUGCCAUGGUUUUGGUAUGCGCUGUAUUUGUUUAGGGAAGAGACAAUCUCCGUGCUAGAGCGCUUCGCAAUAAUCCCUGGUUUCCAUCUAAGAAGCACUUCCAAGCCUUACAGUGCCUGCCUUGUAUCUGCUCCACAUACAGGGCUCUCUUUUUUUUUUGUAAUGAGCGAAAGAACCUUCCUUUCUGUUUAAAUCUAGGGGCUGCGGCGGCUCUCGCGCCCGACGUUACGCGCCCGUAAGAAGGUAAGCGAGAUUUCGCUGUAUGUGUCGCCGUACGUCCUACUUGUUACUCAUGAACAAUUGUCUGUAGACGUUUGUUGUUUGGCCGCUGUGGCCUCUCCGUACCUUUAAUAAAGAAGCUAUUUUAUUAACCGGGUCGGUUCUGAACCCGUAGAAGAGACUCUGGCGUCUUCGCUAACAUUUCUUUCUAUAAAACCAAAGUUUUAGAAAGAUCCCAAAGUCUUUCCUUCCGUAGAGAAUUCUAUUUUAUUGGCAGCAGUAGCGUGUAAAUAGCCCAGUAGGUACCGGUCUUUUUAUAUAUUGUGACUACUAUUUCCGUAUCAGCCCUUCCAUUGCCACGGCGAUUCUGAUCCAUAACACGCAGUUAAACCGACGUCUAGGGUUUUAACAUGUAAAUCACCUCUGUGUAUAAAUUGUAUAAUGUAUUUAUUCUUUGUUUAGUAAAUCACAAGUUUGGCCGCCAAAAUGAUUUUUUUUUUUUACCUUUAAAAUGUGUAUAUAUAUAUAUAUUUUUAAUAGACUGGUCUCUAGUACAAUACUGAUCUAUGCGAGUAAUGCGCAGAAAAUGCCAUUUGCUGGUUAAACCCGUUGCUUUCACUCACCUUAUACUUAAAUAAAUGUCGCUAGUUGUGUGCA